AUGUCUGGCAGAGGCAAAGGCGGCAAGGGGCUCGGCAAAGGAGGUGCUAAGCGCCACCGCAAAGUGCUGCGCGACAACAUCCAGGGCAUCACCAAGCCAGCCAUCCGCCGUCUGGCUCGGCGCGGCGGUGUCAAGCGUAUCUCAGGCCUCAUCUACGAGGAGACACGCGGAGUGCUGAAAGUCUUUCUGGAGAACGUGAUCCGUGAUGCUGUCACCUACACCGAGCAUGCCAAGAGGAAGACUGUGACAGCUAUGGACGUGGUCUACGCGCUCAAGCGCCAGGGACGUACUCUGUAUGUGCUACUUGGAAACAUGGCACGCACAAAGCAGACAGCGCGGAAGUCCACCGGCGGGAAAGCGCCCCGCAAGCAGCUGGCUACCAAGGCGGCUCGCAAGAGCGCCCCGGCCACGGGCGGUGUGAAGAAGCCGCAUCGCUACCGGCCCGGCACCGUGGCGCUCCGCGAGAUCCGGCGCUACCAGAAGUCGACAGAGCUGCUGAUCCGCAAGCUGCCCUUCCAGCGCCUGGUGCGUGAGAUCGCGCAGGACUUUAAGACCGACCUGCGCUUCCAGAGCUCGGCUGUGAUGGCGCUGCAGGAGGCGAGCGAGGCCUACCUGGUGGGGCUGUUCGAGGAUACCAACCUGUUUAGAGCUAGCAAUAUGUCUGGGAGAGGAAAAGGCGGUAAGGGGCUCGGCAAAGGAGGCGCCAAGCGGCAUCGCAAAGUGCUGCGCGACAACAUCCAGGGCAUCACCAAGCCGGCUAUUCGCCGCCUGGCUCGGCGCGGCGGUGUCAAGCGUAUCUCGGGGCUCAUCUACGAGGAGACGCGCGGAGUGCUGAAGGUUUUUCUGGAAAACGUGAUCCGUGAUGCCGUCACCUACACUGAGCACGCCAAGAGAAAGACUGUGACGGCCAUGGACGUGGUGUAUGCGCUCAAGCGUCAGGGACGUACCCUGUACGGCUUUGGUGGUUAAAAUUCUCUGCUCCCGCACCAUUCUGAAAACCCAAAGGCUCUUUUAAGAGCCGCCCACGUUUUCUCUUGAAAGAGCUGUGUCAAUGAUCCUUUGUCUGUUUUGGCUACAUCGUUGUCCUUCACCUGCAUGCUUAUGUUCUUUGUGCCACCUGGAUCUUCCCCCAGUUUUCUUGCUGCCUUGCAGAGCUACGUUUGUUUUUUUUUU